CGACAGGUCUAUCUUAGUAGCUGGCAUCGGCUCUUCCCAAGACUUGGCUCUUUCUUGGGAGUUGCCUGUCUUAAGUUCCGAACAGCCCCGGCUGAUCUACACCAUGACCGACGGGAUGUUGGAUGAGGGCCUCUGGACGGAGUCUGUCCUCGAGCUCGAUCAUGAUCGUUGGCAUAUUGGCCGUCGGCUUGCAGCAAAAUUCCGGGAGCAGACUGACGCAUUCACUCAGGAUACGACUGACGAAUUCCACGAAGUCUACGAAGCAGUCCACAUUGAUCCCUCAGACAUUCCAGGAAUUAUGAAAGCUAAAAAGCAUGACGGCGACCCUUUUGCCGUCAGCAAUGAAAUACAUCGCGAGAUUGAUAAUCUACAUUAUCUAACAGAGUAUGACUGCACCUGUACACCGAAGCUUUUCUCCUUUGCUAUUGACCAGCAAGGUCUAGAUGACACUGUUCCGGGUGGAUACAUUGCUUAUAUCGUCAUGGAGAGAGUCCCCGGGAAAGAUUUGCGAGACUUUGACCAACUCGAUCAUCAUGAGAAGAACCGGGUGCGUCUCGCGUUUGUGGAGGCCUUAUGGUACGAACGAAUUUCUACCUUACUUUUGCUUCGUUAAUAAUAUUCCCAGGAAAUUGCAUAGUCACCAUUUUACUCACUGGGAUCCUCGCCCAAACAAUAUCAUGUGGGACUCUGCAGCCGGCAAAUGUUUUAUUGUGGAUCUCGAAGAUGCUCUGAGGCAUACUAACCGUAAGGAUUCUGAUGUAUGCCUGG